CGUACGUCUAUAGCGCUAGCUAGCUCUACAUGCUCAUGCUGCAUGCUGCAUGCUGCGUAGCCGCCUAGCAGUGCUGGAUGAGUGGACCGAGUAAUUUCACUAGGUGGCGGAUCUAAUCAUCCAACAUGGAGGUGACUGAAAUCAUGAAAGCAUUGAACUUCUUUGCGCUCACUCUGCUAAUCUGUACCAUUGAUAGCACAUCAGCCAAACUGGACAAUGUUCACCGGACAAAAUCUGGCAUCGUAAACAAAACAGCAUCGCAAAGUUUGCAACGACAAACAUCAAUGCGACCAAGAGACCACGCAUCUCCAAUGGGUUGGAAUCAUCUUCAACAUCAACUUAAAGUCAGCUCGUCAAAUCUAGCACUGCACAGCCAGCUACUCAACUCAUUGACAAAGUCUCAAGAAAAGACUACUCAGAGUGAUCAGUCUUUGAUACUUCCCAACCAACCCGCCAAACCAUUCCGCUUACUCACGCUUAAUGGUGUCCUGACUUAUCCAAGCCCUACCCUCUCAAACACUCCUAUGAUCUUCCACACCUUUGACAACCAUUCUGCUUUCUUGGAGUGUCUCUGGACAUCCAAAGACUCGCUGGAGUCCCUCGUUAGUGGGAUUCCUGGUAACACUCAUCUUGUGUUUAUACCAACGAGUGACGAUGGUUUGAGUCAGGCUACUUGGAUGAAAUCGCAGAUAGAUGGAAUGAUGGAGGAGUUGGAACAAGAAGGAAAAAUUAGGAAAGAAGCCAUGACUAGUCUCCAGUCGAGACUUCAUUUUGUUGUGACAUCAGUCUACCAGCUUGGUAACUGGAUUCCUACUGUGUUACAGCAGUGGGCGUGUCAAGAUCAUGGGUGUGGCUUAAAGCAGGUGGUCUUUCAGAGGAAAGCUUCUUAUCCAUAUCUUGACCUUCAUGAUCAGAUGGAUCUGUCCUGGAAUCAGCCGUUAAUCAUGAAGCGUCUUGAUGCGAGAUAUGACUGGCUGCCCUCCCCAGCUGGAUUUGGUAAUAAAUCAACGCCUGUAGCGCUCUCUGGAGACGGUUGUCAGCAAGAUGCCAGUGUUAAUGCGACGAUCGCUGUGGUAUCGGCUGAUGGAUGCAGCUUCUCGAAAAAGAUCUCCACAAUGGGGUCGUCUGGGGCUAGUGCUGUUAUUGUGUAUGCCAACCCAGAUCAACCUGUGCAGGAUAUGAACUGCAAUGGGGACGAGUGUGAUCACCCUCCAGAGAUACCAGCUACCAUGGUACCCUACAGCCAACAGUUACUAGACAGCUCUCCAUUGCUCGAUACCAAGUUAAAGACAACCAAGUUGUCGGUAUCCUUCCAGACCACACCUACGAACACAUUUUACUUUGGGAUUGAUGGAGAAGGGCUCCUUGCUGAGAUGGGUUGGUUACUCUACCCAUCGUUCAAGUUCUUCAACUGGCAAGCUCAGUGGUUCAACUUCAAGUCAUCCUUGCUGCAUAACCUGUCGAGUGAAGCUCUCAUAGUGCCAGUCAUCAAUAAUUCCAUCAUGCAAGGAGAGGACGGGAUCGUAGCUACCAUCAAGCUACCAUCAAAUGAUGAAAUGGCCAAGUAUAACAAGUUUGAGCUAGAUGCAUCCCUAUCCUGCCCGGGCACAAGGGACGAGGAAUGCCCACCCUGGGAUCACACGGUGCAACUCUACCUCUGCUGUAAUGAAACAUCCCAAUUAUGUGGCAUGGAACUAGGCAGGUGGAUAACUCCAUUCAGAAGGCGUAUUGGUCGUUGGUUAACCGAUGUGACACCUCUACUGCCAGGCCUGACAUCUAGCAGCUGUACACUCACCAUGAAGACUGUAGCAUGGGCCAAAGCCUGGAAGCCAUCCCUCAAUUUACGCUUCUCAGUAGAUUCAGCAGCAGUAGUCAAACCCUUCAACAUCACUCCGCUCUUCCAAGGUGGGACAUUUGACAAGAACUACAACAAGAACUAUAAACCAUUCUAUUUCACAAUUUCUUCGGAUAUUAAAAAGGUGCAGGUUUAUGCAGUGAUUACAGGCCAUGGUAGCGAUAAUAACGGCUGCGGAGAAUUCUGUGUUACAUCACAUCAUUUCAUUGUCAAUGGACAUCCUAAUAAUAUCACAUUUGAUAAUGCAGGUACACCUUUGGGUUGUGCCCUACGCACCCCUACAGGUGUUGAGCCUAAUGAGCAUGGUACCUGGCUGUACGGUCGGGACGGAUGGUGUGAUGGGCGGGAGGUGGACCCUUGGGUCUUUGAUAUUACUUUACAGACGGUGAUCGGAGAGAAUAAGAUCUCUUACUUUGGUUGGUUUGACGGCAAGGAUCCGAACCCCACCUCUAAUCCAGGGAACAUUAUCAUGUACUCUUAUCUGGUCUUAUAUAAAUAACUUUCUUGCUAUGUAGAACUUCUCAGCAUCUUGAGUCUCGAGUAGAAUAAUCCCUAUAUAGCUCGCGUAGGAAGCUUAACUUGGAUAAAGAAACAAAAGAUAAAGAAAUGAAAAGGUUGUGCACUAUUUACAUUGUGCAAGACUGGGUUUACAGCAUCCAAGAGCCAGCCAGAGGUCGUAGGACUCUAAUUGCUGGCAGGGCAACCUGUUGGAAUGCUGAGAUGGAUGGGGCAUAGACUGCUGUAGAGGGUACAUGUAGAUGAUUCCAGAUCUUAGCUGUUUUUGGGAAGAAUGAGAAUUUGUAUUGGUCGUUUGAGGCAUCUGGUACAUGUACAUGUAUAUGGUAUACUUGAGAGUGUGAUCCCGUCUGGCAAUGUAUGUAGCUGGUUUGCUAGUCUUGGCGCAAGACGUUCUUGUUGAGUUGGUAAAACAUCUAUGGUCCCCCUACACACACUCAACCCUACAAACAAAGAUUUUUAACAGUGCCCUCGUACAGAUGUGGAGCGGUGGAUCAAAUAUAGCAACCAAGAGAAUUAUUGUUUGUCACUGAUGAUAAUAAUUUUGGAGGCUAGUCAUCUGUACCAGCAGCUGAGAAGCUGAAUUGCGAAGGACGCGGCUACAACGUGUUCAAGAAGCAGACAUGCAAGGCCUCCUUUAGCAGCCAACCACAUUGACCCAUGUGAACACAGAGCACAGCCUGAGAUCGAAAGUGGAAAAACCGGAGGGCCCUGAGAAAAACCCUCAUGGCAUAUGAGAGAAAGGUUGCACAACUCUACUCACAUAUGACCCUAGCCGGGUAUGGAACCAUGGUCACAAAUGAUAAGGAUCUGUGUGUGCAAUAUAUAAUUUAUAAUAUUGUUGAAUACAUCUGGUCUACUAUAGUAUAUUUCUUGUAUUGUUUUUCUGUUUUUCUGUUAUUUAGUUCACCAUUUUUGACUCAAAGUGCAACACUUCUUCAGGGUCAGUUUCCUUUGACUUGGCAUUAGAAAAAUUCAUUUCAAAAAGUAGAAAGUCCCUUGAGGAAUUUCAAGACGUCUGUCAGUAAAACUGCUCAUAGGCGGAGGCUCUGCUUGUUCGCUGGCAAGACUACAUGGUCCCAAGCUGGGAAAUUGAACAUGAGAGUUUAAAGAGGCCGGCACGCCAGGUAGUCAAUGAUAAAGGGCGUCAACAUCAGAGAAAUGUAUCUGUAUCAUAGAGUCACUCCUUUGCUUAGUAAGUAAUAUUGUGUUGAAAGUUAACUGUUAUAUUUGGUUUGAUGGGUUCUAGAGUAUAAACGGAACGGACUCGCCAUGUAAUGAUGUUCCCAAGAGGGUCGCCAUGUUUGCACAUGUCCUUUAUUAUCAUCGUGUGCCAACUACAGUUUCACGAAUGGAAUUCAAUGUGUAAGACAACUUGUACUUAGUGCAUAUUACAACAUCAACUUGAAUCUUGAAUCUAGAAUCUUGGAUUGUUAUACUCUCCUGAAAGCGUUGCUUUUGUCCUGAAAAGGGUGGGUUGCAAAACACAUUUGUGCUACAUGUAGUGCUGACAACAUUGUGCUUAUCAGGUUGUCAAUUUGUCCUGAGAGAGAUUUGAAGUGCCAUCCCUCUUAUAGCUGACAGGAUUCUCUCUGGGACCCUGCAGAUGUGUUUACAGUGACUGCAGAAGCCAAGGCUUGUGGAGUAACAGAAGAUGGGUACUAGUUGUAACUGCACUUCUGUGACUGCCCCCAAGUGACCCACUCCACAAGCAGGGCACUGGGGGCUGACCUGGGUGAGCCCCUGGAAUGACGUCAAAGCUAUUCGAACGCACCGGGGGCAGACCGGGGUCGACCCAGGGAAGCUAAACGAACGCACCCAUUAUAGGGGACUAGGGAUAGGCUCUCAGACUAUUUUGUUCAGUUGCAAGAUCUCCUAACGAGGGUGGAAGAUGCCGAUGUGUUGGUAAAAGAGUAUAUAGUAUCAGGAGCCAUCAGUCAAACUUUCACAGUUUGUUUUGUUUUAUGCGUAUGUUGGGAUACCCCAAGUGAGGAAACCUCACUACCAAUAGUCCAGGAGCCAAACUCCAAAAUUUAGGUAAAGCGUGACCUUGAGUACAACUAAGAUUUGUUUGCAGAAAUAUGUUCUUUGAGGUGUCUAGUGUGCAAUGCCGAUGCAUGCCCAGCUGGCAGGGUUGAGCAUAUUUUUUUUUAUUUAUUUGAAAUCACUUUUCUCAUAAUAUGUUUGUGUACAAACACUCAUCAAUGUGUUUUAUUUGAAAAGGUGUCCAGUGCCUUUAACACAGACUGAGUGUACCAACUUUAUACUAACCCUAUAUCGUGGCUUUAGGAAUCUUGGAAUGUCAAUCUGAAAUGAAAUUUCUAAAUAAACAAAAAAAUUGUUGUAUAUUUUCUUUUUCAUAUUUAGCAAUAUUUUUUUUUU